AUGUCUCAGGAAAUUGAAAGACAUCAUCGCAGAAUUCAAGAAGAAAAAAAAGCUAAUUAUGCCGCCAACCUGACAAUCACUGUUGUCAUAUUAUUUACAAAACAUCCGAAAACUUGUUCUUUACUCAUAAAUGAAAUGGAGAGAGAAAAAGCAGUUCGUGGGAAACUUAUUUGGGAGUUGUUCAUUAAUGAUGUUAAUCAUAGUUUAAAAUCACUAAUGAUCGCAACAAUAAAAGGCCAUAAAGAAAAGAAAGAAAAAAAACAGCACGUGGACCUUCCCAGUCGCUCUGCUUUCGUCUCAAGCGAGUCUCGCGACUUGAGAUUUAUCUUAAUCAUGAACCUUUUGUGCAAGCUUUUAUGUAUAAUUAAAAGUACAUAA